AGGCAGUUCGGUUCUUUUGGGGCACAUCGCAAUGAAUGGGUGUCGGUGCUUUACAAGGCAAAGGAGCAAUCACAACAAGACGCGGAUAUUGAGGGGAUGCGGCAUCGGCACGCGGGAGCUGUCCACCAGCAGCACAGCAACGACACGGACGCUCGUGACAGUCAAAAGGAAGGAUCUCGUCCAGUCGCCGCGCUCUUUAGUCUGCCGCCCCCACCGCCAUCGAUAAAGGAGCGAUCCACCUCCUCACAUCACAGCCGACAUGUACAGUCUUGUCCGGACCGCGGCACCAGGAACGGUGAGUGCGUGCCUUUGACCGGCCACUGCAGCCCCGCGCACAGUGACCGUGCGCCUUACGACAACCUGCCGCAUCCGAUUCCAGGGGCCUCAUCUGGCUAUCAGUGUCAUUUUGAGGGGCUCUCGCAGAGCAGCCAUUCUCCUCAGCACAAAUCUUCCGUUUCCCCGCAGCCCUCCCCAUCUGAUCUGCUGCCGCCGCCUCUGCCUUCGCACAUUUCUAAUACGCGGGAUACGCGCCAAAAGAGUGCUAAUUACAAACAAGACAUCUUACAGCGUCGCGUCGGGGAGGGGGGGCGUCGAGACCAAAACCAGUUGCUGCAGCAACCUUGUUAUAAUCAACAAAGGGACCCCUCCUUUGAGCUACUCUUGCCAAACUCUGGUCAAGGACAGAUAAAUGCACGCGAGGAAGCAGAAAAGCAGAGGCAAUUAAUUGAGCCUCAGGCUCAGUUACUGUUGGGCAGCAGCUUUCCCAUCAACUACUGCAUCAGCGGAUCAGGGCAAGUGUGCAGAAACAAGCAGGCGCCGCUGUUGCAGCAUCAGCAUCAGCAUCAGCAGGGUCGCGCGCAGGAACACAGCCUCCAGCGGCAACAGAGUGACAGAGACAGCAGCGGGUACCAGGAGGGGAAAAUCGCACUCAGUCAGCCGUAUCAAUGCGAGCGCGCGCUAGAGAGAAACUCGUCGGUGUCUAGUAGUGACAACAGCAGCCCCCCGUACGGCUCCAGCAGUCAACUGUGGCCAGAGCCCCACGACAAGGAGGACAGGAACAAUCGCGCAAGCAAACACAAGGUACAUGCUGAGCGUGCAAAGCUGAGCCAUGCUGGAUCCAAGCCCUCCGUCUCCGAGAGCAGUCACUCACUCCCUCAGAUAGCCAUGAACAGCUGCAAGUACAAUGGAGGAGUGGUAAGGCCACUGGGCAGCCUGGCAGCGUCACGACGCAACCUAGCAGAGCAUGACUCUGAGACCCAGCCGCUCCAGACUCUUCACAGCUCCGGCCUGGAAGUGGUUGUCUCUAAGGGCGGUGGCGAGGACCCCAGCGAGGCGUCCAAUGAGAGCCUGGUCCGAGAGAGUGGCAAUGCACCACAGAAAAAAAAUAAAGAUAUUGGCUACAAGUUGGGCCACAGGAGGGCACUUUUUGAGAAGCGCAAGCGGCUUAGUGACUAUGCCCUGAUUUUCGGUAUGUUUGGGAUCGUUGUCAUGGUAACAGAGACUGAACUGUCUUGGGGGGUUUACACUAAGGAAUCUUCAUAUUCAUUUGCACUGAAAUGCCUUAUCAGCCUUUCCACUGUUAUUUUGCUUGGUCUUAUAAUAAUGUACCACGCUCGGGAAAUACAGCUGUUCAUGGUGGACAAUGGGGCGGAUGACUGGAGGAUAGCCAUGACAUAUGAGCGCAUCUUCUUCAUUGUCCUGGAGCUGCUGGUGUGUGCCAUUCACCCAAUCCCGGGCCAGUACGUGUUCACAUGGACGGCCCGGCUGGCUUUCACCUACGUGCCCUCCGUGGCAGACGCCGACGUAGACAUCAUCCUUUCCAUCCCCAUGUUCCUCCGCCUCUACCUGAUUGGCCGGGUCAUGCUCCUUCACAGCAAGCUCUUCACCGAUGCAUCCUCACGCAGUAUAGGUGCCCUCAACAAGAUCAACUUUAACACGCGCUUCGUCAUGAAGACCCUUAUGACCAUCUGCCCGGGCACCGUGCUGCUGGUCUUCAGCAUCUCCUCCUGGAUCAUCGCGGCCUGGACCGUUCGGGUCUGUGAGAGGGAUGCCAUGUAUCAUGACAAACAGGAAGUCACUAGUAACUUUCUUGGAGCUAUGUGGCUAAUUUCCAUAACUUUCCUAUCAAUUGGCUAUGGAGAUAUGGUUCCUCAUACCUACUGUGGGAAAGGGGUCUGUCUGCUCACAGGAAUCAUGGGAGCUGGUUGCACUGCACUUGUAGUCGCAGUGGUAGCCAGAAAGUUAGAAUUGACAAAAGCUGAGAAACACGUCCACAAUUUCAUGAUGGACACCCAACUUUGUAAACGAGUAAAGAACACAGCUGCCAAUGUACUCAGGGAAACAUGGCUCAUCUACAAACACACCAAGUUAGUAAAGAAGAUAGAUCAUGCCAAAGUGCGCAAACAUCAGCGCAAGUUCUUGCAGGCCAUUCACCAAGCUCAGAAGCUCCGCAGUGUGAAAAUGGAGCAGAGGAAACUCAAUGACCAGGCCAACACUCUGGUGGACUUGGCGAAGACUCAAAAUGUGAUGUACGACCUGGUGUCAGAGCUGCAGGAACGCAGUGAGGAGCUGGACAAGCGUAUUGGCACGUUGGAAGACAAGCUGGACGCAGUCACCGGCAGCCUGCAGGCUCUGCCCUGUCUGAUCUCCCAAGCCAUAACUCAGCAGCAGCAGGACCUCCUGGAUGGCUUCGUGCACCGCUUCUGCCCUGCUUCGCUGGGCUCGGAACGCUCCUGGACCCCUUCCAGACGGCGGCGCUCGCCCUCCACUGCCCCGCACACUUCCUCCGACAGCGGCUAACGCGGGCCUGGACCUGCUCGCUGCUUCCAAAGGUCUCAGACUUAUUCACGUAAGAUGAUCAAGCCGAGAUUGAGGACUCGUGUUAAUAAGUAGAGAAGAAUUAUCAAAAAUAGUAGAUAUAUGGUUUAUGUUUAGCCAUUGUAUGGCUGUUCAAGUUAGCUUUUUUGUAAAGCCCUCAUAUAUUUACAAGACUGAGUUCAGGAAGCUGGAGUGAGUCCAGGAAACUGGUCCUUCAUACUGCGAGAUCACGGGAUCCACGGAAAGGUGGGCCCAAGCAAUGCCUGCCAGAGUGAACCAACGCAGACCACAAAGGAGCGACACACCCACAUAGAAGAGAUUCACUGGUCCUGUAAGACACCUGUGCCAGGAUGAGCACUGAGAACACGUCGGGGUGCUUUGAGAUCACUUCAGCAUUUAGCUGGAGACGCAGGAGCACAUGACCUUACUACUGAGUAGAAUAAUGCAGGAAUGCCAACCUUAAGGAUUCCGUUCCCUUGCUCCGUUAAGGGAAAUUGGGUGCAACUAACCUUUUUUAGUUACAUAUUGGCAUGUUAUUUUUUUCAGUGCCUGAAUGUAUAGAUUGUGGAGGGUUGUCCAUUUACAAAUUUUGGAGCGAGUUUUUGUACAAUGUUAACACAAGCAUUGCAUUCCUUUUUCAGAUACAUUCCUCUUGAAGACAUUUAACUUGUCUGUCUUAACAAAUACCAUUAACUCUGUCGUAGUCUUCUCUUAUUUUCUGAAGCCUUUCAAUACUUCCACCAGUUAGGGAAGGAAAAGAUGGAAGGAGGUAAGGACAGGAAGGAAGGAAGGAAAAAAGGAAAGAAAUAUUGGAAGGAAGAAAAUAAAAGAAGGAAUAGUUUCUACUCAAGCUGGUAACACUUUCAUUUUAACAAAAUCUGAGCUUCCAGAAAUGUUCACAUUACCGAGAGGCUGCGUUUUUGAAUCUGAAAUGACAGCACAGAGUGCUAAAUGCUGUGGUAGGCACAAAUGUAUGACAGGACUGAGAUUUAAACCUUGCAUGUUUCAGUGCAAUUGUGACGAAUGGAUUAUGGAUGGUUUUUUCAAAUGUAUGUGUGUGCUCUUUUGUUUUAUUUCAUUUAUUUUUUACACAGAGAUGCAUUGGAUAGUAUUUUUAGAGUUGCAAAUAUAGCGGUGCAGUAAUGUGGUAAUGUAUGUUUAAUGCAUUCCUUGUUCUACCUACAAAUGAAUUCCUCAACCAAGAGAUUGGCGAAUCAGUGAAAACUAGAAUUAACACUAAACGAAUCAUUCUGUAAUCAUGAGAAGACCUUCUCUGAGAGAAUACAUCUGAUAGAGCGGAAGGAGAUGCUUAUGGAAGACAUUAUUGUGGCUCACUUUUGCACUUUUCAGAACAUACCGUUAAGGCAGCUUAGAGCUAAAAUCUGUCUCUCCUGUUCACGUGUAUUUUACUGACAUCUAUGGUUUUAAAUAAUCACAUAACUUUAAAAGCAGCUGACAAUGUUAUGUGUUUGAUGGUGUAAUUGUCACAGAUUUAGAACCAAUGGUAAAUGGCUGCAAACCAUCUCACUGCAACUUGCUUUAGAAAAGUUU